AUGAAAUCUCCAAAGUUUGUCUUCGAGAUCGAUAAAGGAAUCACCAUGCGAUCUUUACCUUCUUCCUCAUCUUGUUCUAAUUCUUCUUCUUCUUCGACACGUUUGAGCAAUAGACUUGCGAACAUCUUCAAGAAAGCUGAACAGCUUUCUAUUCUCUGUGACAUUGAGGUCUGCGUCAUCCAUUACGGACCAGGAGGAGAGCUUCAGACAUGGCCUAAGGAGAAAUCGAAAGUGAGAGACAUGGCUCUGAGGUAUAGUCAACUAAACGAAGCCUUGAGACGCAAGAAAAGAGUUGAUCUUUCUGAGUUCCUGAACGAAAAAAAGCAUAAGGGUUUGGAGAAUCUGGAGAAGAAGAGGAAGACAACGGGUCUUGAGAAGAAGCCGGUGGAUGUAUUGAAGUAUCCAAUCUCUGAUCAUUACUCUCCCAACCAAAUCUCCAAACUGAUUCAGUCCUUGGAACUCAAUGUCUCCAAACUACAAGAAAGGCUUCGCUUUGUUGAGUCCCAGAAACUUCAGAGUUUAGCAUCAUCCUCUCUGAAUCAUCAGACUCAAUCUUUGAACCCUAGCCAAUUCUCGCUAUUCAUGUAUAACCAUGGAGAUAAUACUCUCUCUCAGAUCCCAGUCUCUGCAUCAAAUCUCAAUCAGGAUUUCUCAGCGUUACUUCAAGAAUCUCAGUUGAAGAAUCAGUUAAUGAAGCAAGAGCUCUGUGAUUAUGAUCAGAACAUAAACAUAAGUGACAUGUACAACACCAACAACAGUUUUCAACAUCCUUGCGUCUCAAACAAAGAAACAGUACAAGAAUCUCUGAAUAACUUUGGGGCGAUGAAUCAGUUGAUGCAGAAGGAGUGUUAUGGUGGGGAUCAAAACUUGUUUACGAGUGAUAUUACUUACAGCAACGUUCCAGAUCCUAGUCUCUCAAACACAGUUUCAUAUGAGUUCUGUUCUGACACUUGUGGUAAUAACAUGGUCGGUAACACUAGCUUCUCUCAAGAUAUUACAGAUAUGUCUUCAAACUAUGAUUUUAACUUUGAUGAGAGCAGUCUACUUCAGACAUCUACUCUGCCAUCUAUCUCCACCGUUUCCAACAACUCGAUGUUUCUCUGA